AUGCCUCGCUCGUCUCGGCCUGUCGCGUCGCCUGAAGCGCCUGUGGCGCCAAAGCGACGCGCUUCAGCUCGACUCUCCGCCGUGGGACCGGAGGUCAAACGGGUCAGGUCGAACGUCGACUUGACCAACCGGGCUAAAUCCACGACGAAGACAAGCAAGUACUUUGAAGAAAGCUCGGACAAUGGUCUCGAGUCCGAUGACUCGCAGGGCGCCACUUCCGGGUCCGCGUACGAAGAGAAAGAAUCUUCCUCAGAUGAGCAAGAGCCGGAAGAGAAUUCCGAGAGCGAGGACACCGAACUCAAGGCCAGUGCCAAGGGGGUCUCACGACAACGCACCGGUAACGUAAAGGGCCAAGAACUGUGGCGCGAAGGGGUCAGGGCCGGCCUGGGACCCGGUAAGGAAGUGGUGAUCGCGAAGCCCAAGGCGCGAGAGGCAGGCGAUGUUCCAUAUGAAGAUGAGACACUGCACCCCAACACCAAGCUAUUUCUGGUCGACCUGGCGGAGAACAACGACCGCGAAUGGAUGAAGGCGCACGAUCCGGAUUACCGCGCGGCAAAGAAGGACUUUGAGACCUUUGUUGAGAGUCUCACGUCCAAGAUAUCGGGGGUUGAUGCCACGGUCCCCGAACUCCCUCCAAAGGACCUGAUCUUCCGCGUUCACAGGGAUGUCCGCUUCAGCAAGAAUCCACUUCCAUACAAGACCCAUUUCUCUGCAGCGUGGUCUCGCACUGGCAAGAAGGGCCCCUAUGCCGCAUACUAUGUGCACUUCCAACCUGGCUCUUGUUUUGUCGGCUGUGGUCUGUGGAACCCAGAGGCCGAGCCUCUUGCCCUGCUUCGAGAGGACAUCGAUGAGCAUGCGGACCGCUGGAAGGAGGUACUCCGGGAGCCCGAGCUGCGCCGCGAGUUUCUGAAAGGCGCAUCGGACGAUGACGACGCGGUUGUCGAUGCCUUUACGCAUCACAACAGGGAAUCUGCUCUCAAGGUUAAGCCCAAGGGUUACGAGGCCAACAAUGAGAACAUCAAGUUGCUACGUCUACGCAGUUUCACAAUGGGCAAGCCUAUGGCUGAUGAGGAUCUGGCUGGUUCAGAUGCCCAGGAGAAGAUAACUGCUUUGGUGGCUAUCAUGGAGCCCUUCGUGACGUAUCUGAAUAGUGUAGUUAUGCCCGAUCAGUAA